UUUCCCUCGCGAUAAUGUUGUUGUUAUAAUUAAAAAUAAAUUUCAUUUUAAUAGUAAUUUCAGUAGUUGAUAGGCUACGAAUAAUAUAUCCGAGGUGAUGUAUCUGCAGAAAAAGAACCUCUCGGUAACUGCAUGGUCGUCAUCAUCACUGGGUUGAUCGAAUGUUGUGAUCGUUUGGGGUUGGUUAGCAUUUGCAAGUGUUCCGCAGACUAAUAAAACCAGUUAGCUCGAAGAACCAUCCACUAUUGUGGGAAAAAGCUAUUGAAACGAGUGCUAACAACUAGAAAUAACAAGUAAACUAGCAAUAAUGAGAAUCAGCUAGAGAUGACAAGCAAGUAUUUGCUUUGUUACGACUACGUAUCACGAGUACAGCUCGAUGAUGAGUGACAUUCAAGAACGCUGUUUAUGAACAUGCUCUUGCACAUUUAAGUAAACUUUUAUGACUGCUACUCGCGAACACUGGUAAUUAAAAUUUCCGAACCCCAAUCAACAUCGUAAUAGUGUCCGGAAAGUCCUGAGAGCUGUUCGCGAACUGGAAACGAACAGAGGAUUUCCACUGGAGAAUUUGUACGGGAACAGUUCACAAGCUCCAGUGUUCGACCAGUGGGAACCGACCUCAAAGAUGACAACUAGCAACUACCAACGAUGACGAUUAACGUAAAGACGCUUCGCUGUAUUCUAAAGUUACCGCAUUGCAUUUCCAUAAUAAAUAAAACAAAAGAAAGUUUGAGUUUUGAGUAAAAAAUCUCAGCUUGUUGCAGAUCUUUACAUGUUGCCGAAUGUUUCGACUCUCAGUCCCUCCAUCUCUUUCAUUCUUGUUUAAAAAGAGAGAUUUUCGUUUCUUGUUUAAAAAGAUUAUAAUAAACAAUUUCUCUUUCUCAAGCAUUCCUUAAUUAUCGCGUGAUUUUCUUAUUCUCAUACCUAUCUAUCUUGGAUAGAAAAGUAUGAACAGUUCCGUAGAACCGUACAACGAAAUAGGCUCUUGUAGCGUGGAGCCACACAGCUAGUAUACCUCGUUUAUGGUGGAAUUGAAUAGGUUCUUGUAUGUGCUAGCGCAGAACACAUUGAACACUUGGCUGCGUGGUAAUGGCAGCACCUAUACCGUGGAACUACUAGAACAAUAAGCGUGAGCAUUCUAAUUUUCUCUCGGUUGUUAUCAUUGUUUAUUUCGAACAGAGAGUACCAAAGUACAACCAGCUAGUUACUUUCUUCGUCGUACCCUCUAGCGGGAAAUUGGCAACGCUUUCAAACAGGAACAAUGGAAAUCUGUAUCGAUUCUAUAGAAUCGGCGAAAAACGCGAUCAGAGGUGGUGCAACGAGACUCGAAGUUUGCUCUGCCCUUUCCGAGGGUGGUUUAACACCCACUCCUGGCUUUAUUCGAUUACUCAAAACCAUUUCACCGUUACCACUCUACGCUAUGCUUCGAACACGUUCUGGAAACUUUAUAUACACGAAGGAAGAAAUGGAUGUUAUGCUACUGGAUUUAGAACUAUUGAAAGAACACGGUGCUAGUGGAUUCGUUUUUGGUGCAUUGACACCAGACAACGAAAUUGAUGUAAAAUCUUGUCAGGACAUUCUUUCUGCUGCUCGACCAUUACCAGUAACCUUUCAUCGAGCCUUCGACGAAGUCAACGACCCCUUAAAAUCCUUGCAAAUUUUAAUAAACCUCGGUUUUAAAAGGGUUCUGACUUCUGGCCAGAAGGAUACUGCCGAGGAGGGGUUAGAAUUGAUACAGAAGCUCGUUCAAGAGGCUCAAAAUAAAAUUAUUGUGAUGCCAGGUUCUGGUAUUACUAAAAAUAAUAUCUUAAAAAUAAAAGUGGCAUCUGGAGCGGAAGAGUUUCAUGCAUCUGCUAGGAAGAUGAUAACUUCGCAUGGUACAAAUAGAGUUAAAAUUGGCGCUAAUAAAGAAACUUGUAUCAUGGUGACUGACAAGGAAAUGGUAGAAGAAAUGGUUCGAACUAUUUCAGUUGUUUUUUGAAUAUGAUUUUGAUGAUUUCCAUGAUUUUAUCAACACUUUCAACAAUUCUACUUGUCAAAAACACUAAUAAAUAAUAGUUCAUAAUAAACGAAUAUUUAUCAAAAAAUUUUUACAACUUUAUAUUAGACAAAAAGAUGUUUCAAAUUGUCUGAAUUUCAAUCUCAAUAAAAAUUGAUAAAAUGUUGAAUCAUUUUUGAACGUAAAUUGCAAUAUCUAUUGUUCCGUAAAGUACGAAACCGAGAAAAAAUACGACGAUAUGAGUUACGCAGAUACACUAACUUUAAAGCGGCAUAAAAGGCACGAAAAAGUGCGCGCAAUAGCAAAAUUAAAUUAAUAAUGUAAGUUAUAUAAAUAAAUACUUGUAUGAAAAAAUGAUUG